AUGGCUUUCGAUCAAGUUAUUAAGUCUUCUGCUUACCAUUCUCGUUUCCAAACUCCUUUCAGAAGAAGAAGAGAAGGUAAAACCGAUUACUACCAAAGAAAGAGAUUGGUUGCUCAACACAAGGCUAAAUAUGCUACUCCAAAGUACAGAUUAGUCGUCAGAAUCACUAACAGAGAUAUCAUCUGUCAGAUCGUUUCUUCCACUAUCACCGGUGACGUUGUCUUGGCUGCUGCUUACUCUCACGAAUUGCCAAAGUACGGUAUCAGCCAUGGUUUGACCAACUGGGCCGCUGCUUACGCUACCGGUUUGUUGAUCGCCAGAAGAGCGUUGCAAAAAUUAGGCUUGGACGAAACCUACAAGGGUGUUGAAGAAGUCGAAGGUGAAUACGAAUUGACCGAAGCUGUUGAAGAUGGUCCACGUCCAUUCAAAGUUUUCUUAGAUAUCGGUUUGCAAAGAACUACCACUGGUGCUAGAGUCUUUGGUGCCCUAAAAGGUGCUUCCGACGGUGGUUUGUACGUUCCUCACUCCGAAAACAGAUUCCCAGGUUGGGAUUUCGAAGCUGAAGAGCUAGACGCUGAAAUGUUGAGAUCUUACAUCUUUGCUGGUCACGUCUCUCAAUACAUGGAAGAAUUAGCCGAUGAUGAUGAGGAAAGAUUCUCUGAAUUGUUCAAGGGAUACUUGGCCGAUGACAUCGAUGCUGACUCCGUUGAGGACAUCUACGCCAACGCUCACGAAGCCAUUAGAGAAGAUCCUUCUUUCAAACCAACUGAAAAGAAAUUCACCAAGGAACAAUACGCUGCUGAAUCCAAGAAAUACAGACAAGUUAAAUUGACCAGAGAACAAAGACAAGAACGUGUCGCUGCCAAGAUUGCUGCUUUGGCCGGCAACUAA